AGCCAUACGAGCUCGGCGCCAGUUUCACUUUACAAAGCCAUGGAGAUGGACUGUGCCUUUCGGCUGUCACUGUGCGCAGCCUGCUGCUGCUGCUUGACCAUAGGCUUCGGCUCGGGUUUCUUUGCUGCCGGCAGGAGCUUGCAGAAAGCCAAGGUCUGGGACCAGCGGAGCGCCUGGCAACAGGUGCGUUGCCAGGUGCUCGCGGCCGGCGUCAGCUGCACCGACCAGGACUCCGGGAGCACCUGCGGGGGCUACAAGGCGGGCACGAUGCCCAGCCAGACGCCCCCGGUCUUCCUCACCGAGCAGAUCGCCGUGUGCCCAGGAACGUAUUGGUGCUCCAAAGAGGGGGAGAUGUGCAGCUGCAAGGGAGAGAUCACCUACAGUGCGGAGCUGUUCGAUGGUUAUGUUUACACUGUCCCAUCGGCCGAGAUGACCUACAAAGUGAGUUCCGAUGGCACCUGGAAGUGCGGCACGGAUCAGGAAGGCCGGCCCUUUGCGGUGGAUCCUGCCCCGUGGCGGGUGAAGCACUGCUGGUGCACCCCGGACGACAUUCAGGCGAUUCUCAAACCAUAUGGCACGAGCCUCCACAAGAAGGAAUGCUCGGAGACUACAAACUUUGACUUUGAAAGCGUACGUCGUUUGCAAGUGCAGCGCCGCCUGUUUACAAAGAUGAGAGAGCGACUGGCAGCAAAGCGGCAGCUUGCCACCAGCGCCCGUCGCCGGCGCACAUAUCGCUACACCCCGUGGGCCCUUGUGACGAUUGACAAGGAUAGCUGGGACACCGAGGCAGAGCCAAAGUCGAUUGCAUGCGCCUACGAGUACGGCGUGCCGCAGGCUUCUGGCAUGUUCUAUAGCGGUGACGGGGCCUAUUCCGGCGAUGUGUGGGCGGCAGAAGGUGUGGCCAAAGACUGGGGAGUGCAGCCUUCGCGGACCUGCUGGAUUCGCACAGCAGGCUCUAGCCGCGGCGAGAGCUGCGCCGUUGCCAUGGUGAUGCCGGGGGAAAUGAAGGAGAAGGCGGAAGCAGGGCUUUCGAUCACCACCACACUCUUCUGGAUGGGCUUCCUUUGCACUGUCAUCCUGGGGGUUGCCGGUGGGACCAUGUGCUACAUGUACACGAAACCUGCAGGACCAGGACCAGAGGCCCAAAGCCUCGUGGAGUCCAAUGCGAAUGCCCAGGGUGAGGCAAAUCAAUCGCCUGACUGACUUCGCAAGCAAAUUUGGGAGUGGCCCAGUUCCAAUUCAACCCAAAGUGGUUGGCGCUGAGCGCAAAAAGGGUGCUUUGAUCCCCGGAGCAGCGUCACCAUCCGUUUUUGAGCUGCCCAUGCAAGCUGCAAUGACGUUGGACACCACACAUUGCCG